AUGCCGGAGGGAGAGGUGUCCAGCCCGGCGUCGUCCGGGGGCACGUCGUCCUCGCCGCCGCCAUCGCCGGGGACGAGGCGCCGCGGCGGCGGCUGGGGAGCGGAUCAUCAGAAGCGGGCGCGGCCGGACACGAACACGGACGGCGGGAGGCACCCGUCGUACCGCGGCGUCCGGAUGCGGGCGUGGGGGAAGUGGGUGUCGGAGAUCCGGGAGCCGCGCAAGAAGUCGCGCAUCUGGCUCGGCACGUUCCCGACCCCGGAGAUGGCGGCGCGCGCGCACGACGCCGCCGCGCUCGUCGUCAAGGGCCCCUCCGCGGUGCUCAACUUCCCGGACAUGGCCGCCGCGCUCCCGCGGCCGGCCUCCGCGUCCCCGCGCGACGUCCAGGCCGCCGCCGCGCGCGCCGCGGCCAUGGAGCCAGCUGCUGCCCUGCUUCCAGUUCCAGAUGGGCAUGGACGACCCGCGGAAGCCGCCGGCGCCGCAUUGCAGCUGCAGCCCGCCGCUCUGCCAGCGGCCGGGCAGCAGCAGGACGAGGAGCUGGAGGCGAUCGUGGAGCUCCCGCGGCUGGACGAGGACUACGUCGUGACCACGUUCGGCGCCACGCCCUGCUUGUCGUCGUUCCACGACGUCGUGACACCGGCGCCGUGGUGCGACGACAUGCUGUGGGUCGACGCCGCUGCCGGCGGCUACGUGGCGGCGCAGCACGACGAUCUGUUCGGGCUGGACGGCGAUCACGGAUGGGCGCAGUCGGUUGGUGCCCUCCUGUGGAACUUGUGA